AGUUACUCCGGAACUACGUCAUUAUGGGUUUUUCCCAAUAUCAAAUCACGUGACCCGGUACAAACAAACCGCAGCCAUAUUGCUAAACUUUUGACGGCGCGGUUGAUUCAAGUGUUAAUAAACUGUAGCUCUAUGGAUAAAUUUAAGUCAAACUCCGUAACAGACCUCCAAAAGUACUUAAGACAGCGAGGCGUUACAUAUGCUAACACUAGAAAAGCCGAAUUGGUCGACCUGUGCAGAUAUGCAGCAGAGCUGAACAUUGAGGUUGACCCGGACGGGCUGGUGGAGGACAGAAGUGAGGUGCUGGAUGCCAAACUAUGUGUGCAUGGAAAUACAUUAGUUAAUCCACAACUAAUAGCAGGCACUUAUGACCUUUCCAAAAUUCCUCGUGUGUCUAUAUUUGAUAUCUACAACUAUCUACUGGGGUACGACGAAUUCACUCACAGUACGCUACGAGAUUACCACAAGCUUGAGGGGUACACGAUGUUCAGGGACGGAUAUGUCAUUGAUCUGACCUCAGCAUCGUAUGAUUCUCCAGACUAUGUAGCCCUAAAAGGACAAGUCAGACCCAGAGUGAAGGACAAGGACCCUCUCACUAAACGCAAAUACUACCAGUGUUGGCUUGUUAUUACAUCAGAAGGGUGCAUUCAUUCAGCAUUCUGGGAAAACCUACUGAUGAGAGCGUUCAGUUGCAAAUGA